AUGAACGUGGCACGUUUUUUACCAGAAAGUUAUGUGCAGAGCUUGGCACAUUUUUUGCCAGAAGAUCGUGUCGAAACGGUCCAUUUUCGACAUUUGAAAGGAUACACACCAGAUAUUAGUGAUAAAGCAUCACGCAAUCCAGCCACACCGGAUGAUCAUUUUCACAUCUUGGCCAAAGGAGAAUUCGGGAGCAUUGUUGCAGCGCUAUUGUAUUAUCCAUCAGUUGACGGAGUGGCAAAUCCAAAUGAACUACCAAAGUUUGAGGCAAAAGAUGAAAAAUGGAAGCGAGUGGUUUGUAAGAGAUACAAUGUAGAGAGAUUGGAGAAGUUAAACGAUGGCUACACGAGGCUAAUAAGAGAGAUAGAGUUUGGCCGUUUUCAUUAUCAUGAAAGUAUUGUUAAAUACUAUGAGGCUUUCCCGGAAUUUGAUGGAACGACUAAAAUAACCCAUUAUUGGUUGGUUUCUGAGCGAAUGGAUUACAAUAUGGAACAAUAUUUUAGAAUGCAAGAUUAUAAAAAGCUCGACCGGAAAACAUUCUUAUAUCUCAUCGGUUCAUUUCUUGCCCAGUUAUUGAGAGGACUUGAUUAUCUACAUCAGAAUGGGACCAUGCAUCGAAAUAUCGAGCCACAGCAUAUCGGUUACAAUCAGCACAGAUCACAAUUGAAAAUCCUAAAUUUUGGCCUUUCACGG